AUGUCGAGCAAAGCUGCGCUCAAGGCUAUCCGUACAGCCUUGGAUGCGAAGGAUUAUGCGACAGCCAUCCAGAAAUCGCAGGAUCUGGUUUCGCAAGAUCCAACAAAUUACCAUGGGAAUGUGUUCCUUGGACUCGCCAACGAUAAGUUGAACAAAAAUGAUGAAUCCGAAAAGGCCUAUCUGGCAGCGACGCGUAUAAAGCCCGAUGACCGCACAGCUUGGCAAGGGUUGAUCAGUUUGUAUGAGAAACAACAAGGGCAAAAACUUGAUGCCUACCGUGAAGUGGUCCUGAAGCUUGGAGAAAUUUUUGCGAAUAGUGACGAGCUUGAGCGAUGCCAGGACUUAGUCAACAAAUACACCAAGUUAGCAAAAAGUUAUGGCACAGCGACGCAGCAGAAGCAAGCUCUAGAAUUACAACUCCCUACCUCACCUCUGUACGGUUUCCUUGAGGGGCGACUUCCUCACCCGUCCCUUACUUACCUUCGCUUGAUUGAGAUCGCCGAGCCGGAAGAGAGGGAAUUCAUCAACCGGGAAAUUGGCGAGCGACGGACUCGCCUUGGUGCCCGGAUCGACCAGGUAACUUUGGAAGUAAGGAGGGAAGCUUUCAAAAAGAGCGGGCUCAAGGAGCUUUACCGCGGAAUCAUUGACUGGACCAACGACGACGAUGUGCGUCGUAAGUACGAAGAGAAGCUUCUCCAGCGUAGCUAUGACGAAUUGGAGGUUGCUUCUGCUAAGGAUAAACGGACGAAGAGGAACGAGCUCAUUCGGGGUUCGCAAGAUAUGGUGAUCAUAAAGCACCCUUUCGAGCUUGCUUGGAAGAUUGUGCUAGAAUGGAAGGACGUCAAAAGUUACUCCGAGUAUGAUGUGGGGACACUCCGAGAAUUCAGGGAUUUCUUUCCAGAGACUGGACUUUCCAAGGUCUUGAAGGGGUUCCUCGAAAAAAGUGACGAUGCCACCACGAAUCUCAUUCUGAUGGUAGAUGGCCUCGAUCUUGCCCGGGAUUCGAUAAUUGCGCACCGGAUAGUAUCUGAGCGUUACCUGGCCCUUGAGGAAUAUGAGAGUGCCAUCGAUGUUGCUCGUAAGGGUCUUCUCAACGUUAAAGAAGCUGCCAGGGUUUCUGGUGCGAAUUUUAUCCACACGACUGACGCGUUGAACACUACACUUGCAAAUUCUCUGAUCUACCACCAAUCUCCCCGCUACCACCCUGAGGCCAAAGGUAUCUUCGAAGAAAUCCUCCAGCGUGACCCCACUUCUACCAGUUGUCUUCUCGGUAUUGGUUUGAUCUUCAUGGAGGAUCACGACCACACUGAGGCUGUCAACCUCCUGGAACGCGCCUCUGAGCGCGAUCCCUCAAACGUCAAAAUACUCGGCGAGCUGGCCUGGGCUAGAGCGCUUAACGGAGAUCUUGAAACUGGUCUUCAUGAUCUUCAGGAUGCUCUAGCUCGCUUGAAGGAGGAACAGCCCGACAACAAAGCCUCCAAGGCUGUCUUGCUCUACCGCAUUGGAUACUGCCAAUGGGAGCUCGAUCCAUCCCCGGUUGCACGAAAGAACCGUCAAGGUGCAUACUCGAACUUCCUGGCGUCAAUCCAAGCGAACAUGAACUACGCGCCGGCGUACACCAGCCUCGGCUUCUUCUAUGCGGACUACAAAGGCGACAAGGGACGGGCUACCCGGUGUUUCCACAAGGCCUUUGAGCUAUCGAGUGACGAAAUCCAGGCCGCUGAGCGCCUAGCGACUACGUAUGCGGACCAGAAAGAAUGGGACCUUGUCGAGGCCGUCGCACAACGCGUGGUGGACUCUGGCAAAUGCAAGCCUGCCCCCGGAUCCAAGCGAACGGGAUACAGUUGGCCCUACUCAGCCCUGGGUACCGUUCAAAUCAACAAACAGCAGUACACCCAGAGUAUCACGUCGUACCACGCCGCCCUACGAAUUUCUCCACACGACUAUCACUGCUGGGUUGGACUCGCGGAGAGUUACCACCAUUCGGGCCGCUACAUCGCUGCCACAAAGGCGUUCGAGUUUGCCCAGACCUUGGAGGAAAAUCUCUCUGACGAAGAAAAGAAGAAUGUUUGGUACGCACAUUACAUGCUUGCGAAUGUACGACGAGAGCUCGGUGAAUAUGAUGCGGCGAUUGCUGCCUAUCAGGAUAUUUUACGCGAACGAGCAAAUGAGGUCGGCAAUUCAAUCGCGCUGAUCCAAACUUUGACGGAAAAUUCGUGGAAAAGCCUGAAAGGAGGCAUGUUCAACAAUGCUGCGGAAUAUUCAAUUAAAGCUAUUCAUGUCGCCCGCGACCUCGCCAAGGAGCGAGCGGACAUCUUCAACUUGUGGAAAUCUGUUGGGGAUGCAUACUCCAACUUUACGUACAUCAAGAUAAAGGUUGAUCGGCUUUUGUCACUUCCAGAGUGCAAAGAACUCCUAGCUACUCAGCUUGAUCCAACAGCGCUUGAUAUCUUGGCUGACGUCGAUCGCGUGGGCAAUGACUGGCUGAAGGCAGAUCAGGCGGAUGGUUCUGUUUCCGCGGACGCUUGUAUCUGCAUGGCGAUUCUGGCAUACAAGCGAGCCAUUCACAUCUCCGCCCAAGACGUCCAUGCUCGGGCUGUUGCAUGGUACAACCUUGGCUGGGCUGAAUACCGUGCAUAUCGCAGUGUGCAACCGGACCCCGGGAGCAAGGGCAAACGGCCCCGCAGGUUUCUCAAAGCAGCGAUGCGUUGUUUCAAAAGGGCCAUUGAACUCGAAGCUGGUAACUCUGAAUUUUGGAACGCGCUUGGGGUAGCCACCACAGUCAUGAGUCCUAAGGUCGCCCAACAUUCGUUUGUCAGAAGCCUACAUCUCAACGAGAGAAAUGUCCAAGCAUGGACGAACCUGGGUGCCCUCUACCUUUUACACAACGACAUUGAGCUUGCCAAUCAAGCUUUUACUCGUGCUCAGUCUACAGACCCGGAUUACCCCCAUGCAUGGAUUGGGCAGGGAAUGAUCGCAAUGCUCUGCGGGGACCCGAAAGAAGCACGUGGUAUCUUCGAACACGCAUUCGAUAUCUCAGGCUCUUCUUCUACUCUAUCUAAGCGCCAAUACAGCCAAACAUUCUUUGAUCAGCUCGUCUCCAGUCCUACUGCUUCAAAUGAAGUCUCUCAAUUAAUCCAGCCAUUCUUCGCAUUGCACCAACUCUGCGCCCAGGACCCAUCAGACCUGGCAUCCGUACAUCUGAAAGCGUUGCUAGCGGAGAGAAUGGGAGAGAUCUCUGACGCAGAGUCCAGCUUGCAGGCGGUAUUGGCUGGCAUGGAGGCUGAGUACGAGGAGACCGAGUCACCAGCGUCUCUCUCCAAAUAUGCCCAAGCUAAUGCCGACAUGGGUCGUGUGCUGCUGGCCUGUCACGACUACGAACAAGCUGCCGAGAAAGCCGAACUGGCCCUCACCCUGUCUGGCGAGGAAGACGCGGAAAAGUUCGAUCCCGAGGCUUGCCAGAAGCUUCGACUCUCCGCACAUCUCACCGCUGGCCUUGCGCACUACUUCAUGAAAUCUAUGGACACUGCUAUCGACAUGUUCCGUGAUGCCCUCCAAGAGGCAGACAACGCUCCAGAUGUCGUCUGUCUCCUUGCACAAGUUUUGUGGGCGAAGGGUGGUGAAGAGGAGCAGUCGGUGGCGCGCCAACAGCUUCUUGACUGCGUUGAACGCAACCCCGACCAUGUGGGAGCCAUCACUUUACUUGGAACGAUUGCUCUUCUCGACAAAGAUCAAGAUGCUAUUGAUGCUUUAGAUUCUGAUAUCCGCACCAUGAUAACAAGAGACGACAUUCACGAGCAUGAGCGGGCCAAGCUUCUGAAGCUACAAUCGGCAAUCUCCGCGCUGGGUCUAAACGAGGAUUCUUCUCUCCCUGAAGAGAUGAGAUUGCGGCAAGAGGCAACUGCAGCUAUUAUGCUCACCCCAGGCAACCCACAAGGCUGGAAGGAGCUGUCCGCUGCAUCGGGGAAAUCAUACGCCGCCCUUGUCGCCCUCGACCGCGCUUUGCACAGCAUUCCUCCCCAUGGCGACCUGGACGCUGAGGAUCUCAGCCGGGCUUAUGCUCAGACAGGAAGACUCUCGGACGCGUACCGAGCUAUCAUGGUUGCUCCGCACCUGCCAGAUGGAUGGAUUGCGGUUCGUGAGAACCUGCCCAAGUCCAAGCCCAAGCCUGAGUGA